AUGGCUGACAAAUACUAUCGCCUUGUUAGUUUCCUGAAAAACAUGUGUCCAGAACCUCUUAGAGAAUUGUUUUUACAAAAUGCCAAGUCCGAUACAAAACCUGGCGUACCAUAUACAUCACUGGGUGCUUACCUUGCAUUUAGAAAACCAGACAUAUUAUCAUUGAAGAGCAGACGUAAGCUGCGAGAUGACGAGUAUGAUCUUCUGUAUCCAAAAUCUGGACCAGCUGAUGAGUCGCAAUGGGACAUUACCUUGUUAGCUGUUUUAAUUCUUGAACUAUUUCCAUCAUACAUUCCGAACCAUGUCCAAUUUUUCAUCAGAGAUAUUCGAGAUGUAAGAAAUAGUCUACAACAUGUAUCAAAAACUUCAAGCAUUGUUUCAAUGUUUCAGAAGAACUGGGAUCGCUUGGAAAUAUCAACUUUAACUUUGGCUAAAGUUGUAAAUGGAACUAAUUAUGAGAAUGUUAUGAAAGAGAAGAUUGAAACAGCCAAGAUCUCAAACAUGCCAGACCUUGGUAACACUCUGUGUUUAUGGUUUAUGGAAAACAAUACACAAAAUUCGACUGAAAUGGCAGAAAUGAAAGUGAAAAUUAUAGAAAUAUCAGAAGACACUAAAGAAUCCAAAGCAAAGGCCAGCGAGAGUGCAAACAUUCUACAAAAUGCCUGCAUGGCUAAACCAGGACCAACAGGGAAACCAAAUAAAAGAAUGAAAAUAGUUGAUAAAAAAUUGAAGAAUAUGCAAGCUCCAGAAAACAUCUGGUUCAAACUCUAAACGAUGCUGGGGUCCCUGCCAAAUCAUGCAAAUUUCUGGUCACAAGAAUGUGAAUUCUAUAAACAACUACAGUAAAAUCAACAACGACCAGUCGAGAAAUAUUUCUAAAAUACUGUCGAACAGAGAAAUGAAACCAACCUUCAAACUCAAGGAAGUGGUGCUGCCAUUAGUGCUCCGGAACCAUGGACUGGGCCUUUCGGAUCCAAUCGCUCUCGCAGUCUUUUUGCAAGCAGCACUUUCCACGGACCUGUGACUUUCAAUUUCCACAGUACAUCUGUGUCGGAAACACUGUCACAAAUGUUCACAGUUAACGUAGGCCGAAGUAAUGCAACUGCUGAAGAGUCCGUUUCUAACAUGCUCGAUUCGCCAGUUGCCACUGCCAGACCAUUCAAACGAAUAAGAAUGAUUCCAGCAAGUGACAGCGACUAACUGUAACACUCACGACACGAGAGUUUACCUAUAAGUCCAUUUAAAAUCCCACUGUUACACUAUUCGUAUUGUUUCUCCAGUUAUUUGUUCUAGCUGUUUACCGAUUGACAGAAGUAAAACAAAAUGGCGGACUUGAAUUUUGACAAGCGCAAGUGCGCGUAUGUGCGCGUAUGAAUUUCACACAUUGUUUGUUUAAAUAUAUCUGAAGUUACAUGAAUAAAAUUUUUGAAGUACCAAAUAUAA